GCGACGUCACAGCAACGUCACUCACAUCGCUUCGGCCCGGUCGCUCGCCUCACUAGCUCGGUGUGACGUCACCGAGAAGCCCUCCCGGUAACGACAGGAGAGGCUUAUGAGCCCCGGUAACCGUCUGUGGGAAAAAAAGCGGAGACUCUGAGCAUCCUGUGACUGGAGAGCAGCAGCCAGGCUUAACACACAACAGGAGUCAAAAUGGCAGAAGCCCACCAGGCGGUGGCAUUUCAGUUCACAGUCACUCCAGAUGGCAUUGAUCUUCGUCUGAGCCAUGAGGCACUGAAACAGGUCUACCUCUCCGGGCUACGUUCCUGGAAGAAGAAGAUUGCUCGGCUCAGGAACAGUUUUGUUACUGGAGUUUAUCCAGCUAGUCCGUCAAGCUGGCUUUUCGUCGUGAUCGCUAUCAUGGGGACCAUGUACGCCCGGGUGGAUCCAUCCAUGGGAAUGAUUGGAAAGAUCAAAGAACAUCUUCCUGUGAAUGGCUAUCUAUCUCAUCAGGGACAGAGCAUCCUAAGUGCUCUGCUCUUUUCUACAGGCCUUUGGUUUGUGCUCAUCAUGACCAUGAGAUACAUUCUGAAACAGCUCCUGUCCUACCACGGCUGGAUGUACGAGCAGCACGGCAAGAUGUCGGCCACCACCAAACUAUGGCUGACGUUGGUAAAGAUCUUCUCAGGUCGGAAGCCCAUGCUGUACAGUUACCAGGCGUCUCUUCCUCGUCUCCCUGUUCCAAAAAUUAAGGAUACGACGCAGAGGUACCUGGAGUCUGUCAGGCCUCUGAUGAAUGAUGAGGAGUUCAAGCGCAUGACCGCAUUGGCCAAGGAUUUUGAAGUGAACCUGGCUCCUCGACUGCAGUGGUACCUGAAGCUGAAAUCCUGGUGGGCGUCCAACUACGUGAGCGAUUGGUGGGAAGAAUAUAUUUACUUGUGUGGCCGGGGUCCCAUAAUGGUUAACAGCAACUAUUAUGCAAUGGACUUUUUAUACGUUACCCCAACGCCAAUUCAAGCAGCCCGGGCAGGGAACGCGGUCCACGCUAUUCUGUUGUACCGCCGCAAACUCAGCCGCGAAGAGCUGAAACCGAGCAGGGUCCCAGGAUCUAUUAUCCCGCUGUGCUCGUCCCAGUGGGAGCGCACCUUUAACACCACCCGCAUACCCGGAGAGGAGACAGAUACAAUCCAUCACUACACGGACAGCAAACACAUUGUGGUGUAUCACAAGGGCCGCUUCUUUAGAGUGUGGGUGUAUCACGGCGGACGCAUGCUCAACCCUAAGGAACUUGAGGCCCAAUUUCAGCACAUCUUGGAUGACACAAGCCCACCUCAACCUGGGGAAGAGAAACUGGCCGCUCUAACUGCCGGAGACAGGACCCCUUGGGCCAAAGCUCGCAAAGCUUAUUUCCGGAGUGGAAAGAACUUACAGUCCCUGGAUCUGGUGGAGAAAGCCGCUUUCUUUGUCACUUUAGACGAAGACGAACAGGGGCUUCGGUCCGAGGAUCCCGUGAAAUCUUUGGACGCCUAUGCGAAAUCUCUUCUGCAUGGAAAAUGCUACGACAGGUGGUUUGACAAAUCCUUCACUUUGAUUGUGUUCAAGAACGGAAAGGUGGGAUUGAACGCCGAGCAUUCGUGGGCCGAUGCUCCUAUUAUGGGACAUUUGUGGGAGUCUAUGCUGGCCACCGACUGCUUUCAGCUUGGCUAUAAUGAAGACGGACACUGCAAGGGUCAGGCCGACUCGACGUUGCCCGUACCGCAGAGGAUGCAGUGGGAGAUCUCCCCUGAGUGCCAGGAGGUCAUCCACGAUUCCCUGAGCGUAGCCGAGGCUUUGGCAAACGACGUGGAUUUCCAUGCUUUCCCCUUUAAAGAAUUCGGCAAAGGUUUGAUAAAGAAGUGCAAAACCAGCCCCGAUGCCUUCAUCCAAAUUGCCCUUCAGCUUGCGCACUACAGGGACAAAGGAAAGUUCUGCUUGACAUACGAGGCGUCAAUGACCAGGCUCUUCCGAGAAGGAAGAACAGAAACCGUGCGUUCGUGUACUGUUGAAUCCUCGAACUUUGUCAAGUCAAUGGUGGAUCCAUCUCAAACGAACGAGGAAAGGUUGAAACUUUUCAGACUGGCAGCAGAAAAGCACCAGAUGCUUUACCGUAACGCCAUGACCGGAGCUGGAAUCGAUCGGCAUCUCUUCUGCCUUUACGUUGUAUCAAAAUAUGUCGGCGUGGAUUCUCCAUUCUUAAAAGAGGUGCUAUCCGAGCCUUGGCGGCUCUCAACCAGCCAGACACCUAUUCAGCAAGUAGAGCUCUUUGAUUUGGUAAACCAUCCAGAGUAUGUCUCGUGUGGAGGCGGCUUUGGACCUGUGGCCGAUGAUGGAUAUGGCGUUUCGUACAUUAUCGUCGGUGAAAAUCUUAUCAAUUUCCACGUGUCCUGCAAGUUCUCCAGCCACGAGACGGAUUCUCACCGCUUUGGGGAAAACAUCCGCGGGGCUCUCCUGGAUAUUUUGGCCUUGUUCAACCUCAAGAGCACCUAAAACGCGGAGGCUUCCCCUUACGCCGAUCUCCGUACGACCCGGGAGCGAUACAGGGCUCAUUCUCUCAACAAGAACACACACUGGACUCGAAAGCCUGGCUUACAGGCGGAUUCAUUCAUGCAUCACAACCACGUCAUCCCAAUCCCAACCACGUACAAUCCCGCAGUUACAGAGCUGGUUUUCAGACGAGAGGACUUGCUUUAGGAAUUCAGACAGACCGCUGGUUCGUGGGCACGCGUGUUGCUUGUAAGAGAGGCGUGCGAAUACGUUGAUCGGAGAGCUGAGGAUUGCCAUUUGUGCGUCUCGUGCCUUACAUGCUUGUGGGGAACGUUUGUUUUUUGUGCUUCUAGUGACGUAUGCAGCAAAGCAAUGCAAUUUUUUCUAUACAUUUUGAUACUUGCCAAAUCGCAGCGAUCCUUUGC